AAAGCUGAUCAAGAUGGGUAAUGACGGUGGAAGUAUCCCAACUCGCCGAGAGCUAGUGAAAGAAGCUGCGCGGAAUCCAAAUACAACUCAGCUGAAGGAGACGCUUCGAGAACACCUUGAACACUUCUGGACGACAUGCCCUCUAUCUCAUAAGCAGCUGCUCUCUCCUGUGGUAUCUGAUGGCGUUGGGAAUCUAUACAAUAAAGACGCCGUUUUGCAGUAUCUUCUACCCGGAGAUGAUAUCCAGGCUAUCAGCGCAAAGGCCGACUGCGAUGAAGUGCUGCAAGCAAGAGUCAAGUCUCUUCGCGACGUAGUUGAGCUCAAAUUUGAGGUUGAUGGGAAUGCUGAUGCACCAGAGGGGAAGCGCAAAAGUCGAUGGAUCUGCCCAGUCACGCAAAAGGAGCUUGGCCCAAAUGUGAAGUCAGUGUAUCUCGUUCCCUGUGGACACGUAUUUUCUGAGGGAGCCAUCCGUGAAAUGAAGUCCGACAAAUGUCUACAGUGUAACGAACCCUAUGACCCAUCAAAUGUAAUACCUAUCCUCCCAACCCACGAGCCUGAAAAAGAGCGGUUAAAAUCACGACUAGAGGAAUUAUCUCGUCAAGGUCUCGCCCACUCAUUGAAGAAGCUGCCAGGGUCGAGCAAAAAGCGGAAGAAGAACCGUGGAGAGGCAAACGGUGAUACUGAGAACAGUGCCAAACCAGAAACCACGUCAAAUGGAAAAACCAACACCGAAAGCAAGAUGUCUACUCCAUCAGCUACGCCUGCAGCGGUCGGUAUAAAGAACGCUGGCACCGCUAUGUUAACCGCUAGAGUCCUCGAGGAACAGAAUGAGCGACGUAAGCGUGCUAAGACGGAAAGAAGCGACGCCGUUCAGUCCCUUUUCACGUCUAAGGACAAAAAGGGCCAGGGCAAAAACGUGGAUUUUAUGACCCGAGGGUUCUCAAUUUCGCGUUAG